UACUACUAAUAUCUCAAAUUUCAGGGGUGCCUAACGUCAACGCUGCUAAUGACGAGCUCAUGCCAAGCUCGAAAGCUCGAUUGUAUUUCAUCAAUAGAUAUUUGCCACUUGCUUUCCAGUCGUUCACACUGACGCGAACGCCUCUUCAAUGAAGCGAACGCGAUGAAAAUGAAUUGCCAAACGACCCACUAUUUGCUGCUCUUGAAUGCACCGCGGUCGAGCAAGAUCGGCGCGCGCUGAGGCUUCGGCUCCAAACAAUCCGCGUUUUGACCCAAUCGUUUGCUCUCAAAUCAAUCCUGAUACGUCCUACAAACUAUGGAAUGUCUUUAUUUUAGGGCACCCCAAAAUCAACUCGGUACGAGCUCGACUGUCGCCCCCAAACCGCCACCGAGUCGUCUGACGAAGCUAAUGUAGCCGCUGUAAGCUACCAACUGACCUUGCCAGGUGACGUCACAACAAAGGCCAAUCAGCGUUGAGCAUGAUCACCUUCGUCCUGAUGGUCAACCGCCAGGGUCAGACCCGACUCAGCAGGUACUACCGAGCGGUCGACAUGAGCCGCAGGACGGCGCUGGAGGCCGACGUGGUCCGGGUGUGCCUGAGCCGCAACAGAGACCAGUGUUCCUUCCUGGAGUACGACGACUCGAAAGUGGUUUUCCGCCAGUACGCCGCUCUCUACAUCGCCGUGGGCGUCACCCACGACGAGAACGAGUUGUCCAUCUACGAGCUGGUGCAGAACUUCGUGGAGGUUCUGGACAAAUACUUUCAGCCGCGUGGUGACGAACUGGACAUCAUGUUCAACCUGGACCGGGUGCACGUGAUCCUGGACGAGAUGAUCCAGAACGGCAACAUCGUGGAGACCAACAAGAGCAACGUCCUCGCGCCGCUCAACGCCCUGGACAAGAUGGCUGACGGAUGACGCCAACAUGUUGAUGUUACAAAUCAGCUUUUUUUGUUUUGUUUAUUGGAUACACUGAGCCCCCGUUUAUUGCUUUUUUACUGAAUUAGUCUCUAAAUUAUUCACUUACUCCAAUAAAUAUAUCUAUGGUAGCGAUGA